UUAUCAUUGUUCUUGGUAUUCUGUAAAAUCGUUGAUCAUGUUCACUACUACUACUACUACUACUACUACUACUACUUCUUCUUUUCUUCCAUCCAAGUAAUAAUAAAAUUCUCUCCACUCACACCCACACCCACACCCGUGAAUUCUGCUUAUAAAUCUUUUCUUCUCUCUAUCUUUGCCAAAAUACAAAAAGGAAAGAAGAAAGUUUUGUGAAUGGAAACCAUGAUGGCAACCGAACGUGUUUGUUAUGUUCACUGCAACUUCUGCAACACCAUUCUAGCGGUUAGUGUUCCAUACAGCAGUUUGCUAACCUUAGUGACGGUUAGAUGUGGACAUUGUGCCAAUUUGCUAACAGUUAACAUGGGAGCAUCACUUCAACCGUUAAUACCACCUCAUCAAGAACAUCAUCAUCAGUCACAGAAACAGCACCUAAGCUUUGAAGAAUCAAGCAGCUGCAAAGAACUGGGAUCAUCAUCUUCAAAAUGUAACAAAAUUGCGCCAUUUGAGCCUGUAGAGAGUCAUCAAUCACAUAGGAUUCCUCCCAUUCGUCCUCCGGAGAAGAGACAACGUGUUCCAUCUGCUUAUAACCGAUUCAUUAAGGAGGAAAUUCAAAGGAUCAAGGCCAGUAAUCCAGAUAUUAGCCACAGGGAAGCUUUCAGCACAGCUGCUAAAAACUGGGCACAUUUCCCUCAUAUUCACUUUGGAUUAAAGAUGGAUGGCAAUAAUGACAAGCAAGCAAAGUUGGACCAUAAUAAUGGUGAAGGAACUCAAAAGUCUAGUAAUGGAUUCUACUGAUCAUAUAUAUAUAAAUGCAAGCAAGCCUGUGAGUAUCAGCUUUUUUUUAAAAAGAAAUUAUGCUUGACCUAAAUGAGUGAAAUUAUGAGUUUGAUCUCAAAUUUUCCAACCCUACAACUGGAUAUUGGAGACAUUCUCUUGCAUGCAAAUCAACCUCAACAUCUCACCAAUGCUAUAUAAUAUAUAUAGAACAUGUAUUUCCUUUUUUUUUCCGUUUUUUUUAUAGAGUAUACUUGUUAUGAUAAAACGACUGUCAUUCUUCUUGUGAUUGCAUUUUAAGAUGUUGAACUUGAUGAUCGCUUAAGUAAACUAUACUUUGCUACUAUUAUAAUGAUGGGAUUUUUCC